AUGGGCUCGGGCUCCCUAGUACCCAGAGAGCUGAAGGUGGAGAUAGACGGCUGUCUGAGAGAGUUGGCUGCCCUCCGAUCUGAAGUGAGAGAACUUAAGGAGGAGAGCGAGGAACACAUGGCACAGCUGCAGGAGGAGGGUGGAUCUGAGGAGAGCCUGACAGCAGAGGAGCAGAUGUACAUUCUUUAUGACAUUAAACUCCAGUGCCACCAGAACCUCUCCACCCGCAACCCAGCCGAUGACCUCUGCCCCCCUGGUUGGGAUGGCCUUAUCUGCUGGCCUCAGGGUUACCCAGCAGCUGUCACCAAGGUCCCCUGCCCCAGCUACAUCUUCGACUUCAACCACAAAGGUCAUGCCUACAGGAAGUGUGACAUCAAUGGGUCGUGGGUGUUUGUGGAGAGCCUGAACAGGACGUGGCCUAACUACUCAGAGUGUCUGGGCCCUGGGUUCUUGAAGCCAAGCAACGAGAGGCAGGACUUCUUUGAGCGUCUGUAUGUCAUGUACACCGUAGGCUACGCUGUGUCCUUCAGCUCUCUACUAGUGGCUAUCUUCAUCAUCGGAUACUUUAGGCGUCUCCACUGUACCAGGAACUACAUCCACAUCCACCUGUUUGUCUCCUUCAUGCUCCGAGCUGUCAGCAUCUUUGUCAAGGACCGGGUGGUGCACACCAGCGCCGGCCUGCAGGAGUUUGAUGCCGUGCUCAUGGAUAACGUCAAGACUGUGGCCAUGGCACCGCUGGAUAACUCUCAGUAUAUUGGGUGUAAGGUGACAGUGUUGCUGUUCAUCUACUUCCUGGCCACUAAUUACUACUGGAUCCUGGUAGAGGGCCUGUACCUCCACAGCCUCAUCUUCAUGGCCUUCCUCUCAGACACCAAGUACCUGUGGGGCUUCACCCUCAUCGGAUGGGGUGUUCCAGCUCUGUUCGUGGCAGCAUGGGCAGUUGUCCGGGCAACACUAGCAGACGGAAGGUGCUGGGAGUUAAGUGCUGGGAACAUUAAGUGGAUAUACCAAGUCCCCAUUCUGACAGCCAUUGGGCUGAAUUUUAUCCUUUUUGUGAACAUUGUACGAGUGCUGGCAACAAAGAUCAGGGAGACCAACGCAGGGAGAUACGACACAAGAAAACAGUACAGGAAGUUGGCUAAGUCCACCCUGGUGCUGGUGCUGGUGUUUGGGGUCCACUACAUUGUGUUUGUGGGGAUGCCUCACACCUUCCAGGGCCUCAGCUGGGAGGUCAGGAUGUACUUCGAGCUCUUCUUCAACUCCUUCCAGGGCUUCUUUGUAUCCAUCAUCUACUGCUACUGCAAUGGAGAGGUCCAAACAGAGAUCAAAAAUACAUGGACUCGUUGGAACCUGGCGUUGGACUGGAAGGUUCCGGUGGUGUGUGGCCGUUACCGCUACGGCUCAGUGCUCACCGGGCUCAACAACAGCACCAGCAGCCAGUCUCAGCUGGCUGGGGGCGGCCCCGCCAUCCGAUCAACCACCCUCUUCUCCAGCCGUGUCUACCGUAGCAACGGACCCCCGACUCUGUCCACCCACGCCACCCUGCCUGGCUACGUCAUCAGUAACUCAGACCCAGACAGCGUCCACCCCUCCAUCCCCUCCAUCCCUGAGGAACCAGAGGAGGACAGUGCCAAGCAGGUGGAUGACAUCUCUCUGAAGGAGACGAUGCCUGUCCUCAAUAAUAGUACGACCGCAGAUGAUGAUGAGGAGACGUUGUAG